AUGAAUCGAUACAUCGCACUACUGGUUUUGCUCGUGGCAGCGGUCGCCGCAGAAGCACCUUAUCCUCCCUCCGGAUGGCGCCCGGAAGGAGCACAAUUUCGGCUGCCGACGGAGUACGCGGCGCCUCUUCUACUGUUCCCUCCGCAGCAACGUAUAGUUGAGCUGCAGUUUACGCGGGAGAAUAUUCAGUUCGCUGGCCAGCAGGUUUCGGAGGAGCCACAAUCGACCCCAGCCACAACACCGGCACCAAGAACAACUACGACGACACAAGCCAAUGAAUACCCCAACUUGGAUCCGCUGAAGGUACAAGGCUUACCGUCGGAGCAACCGAAGGGUUUCCAGCAGCGUGCCAGACUUCGCCAGCAGUCGGUCAAUCAAGUGCCAACAAACUUUGGCCAGCGUCAGACCGGUGUCUUCCCGAUCAGUGGACAGUUGCGUGCUUUGCCAGCGGCGUCUUCAACAUUCUCGCGACAGCAGGUAGCUCAACCCCAGACUCUAGGGCCGCAACAGUCACGGCAGCCGGUUCCCGCCGAAACUUACGGUCCCCCGGAACAGGAGGAGCAGGUUCCGGAAGAGCCAACCGUAACGACUCAGGCGACCGAUGCUGCCCAGGAUAAUGGUGAUGGAAGUGUUAACGAAGACGAGUAUGAAGAUGAUGCCGGCCGUACGGUGGUGGCGAUUGCCAAUGGCGUCUCCGGCCAGUACUACAUUCUGUCGCCGGAUAACACCCUGCAGCGCGUGAUGUACACAGCUGCCCAAACGGAUGAUGAUCGCUUGGUAAACGGAUUUUCGGCCCAGCUAAAGUACUCCCCCGUGGAGCCAAUCAGUGAUCCGAUUUACGCUUACGACGAGCAGGGUCAGUUGGUUCGAAUCUAUAAGAAGUAGAAUCUACGAGCGCUCGUCAUUCGGAUUUGCUAGUGUAUUUCUUUGUUGGCAAAAUA